CAGAGACAAUCCUGGGAGUUUCCGGGCAUUUUGAUCAGGAUUACUACAAAGUGUUGACUUAGACUGCAGCUAUGUUAAAAGAAGUCUUCUCUCUUGUUCUGUCUUUGUACACUUUGUUGUAUCAGACCAUCGUUCCCUGCUUGGAGCCUGAGAUGCUGUCUGUGAACGCGAUCGACCGGCAGAAGCAUCUGGGGACAUGGUACUUUAAAGCUGCAGUCAGUCACAGAGAGGCGGACAUCCAGAAGUUCAGAGUGCUGGACAACAUUGUCUUCACCAUGGAGGAAAGAGCAAACGACACACUGCUGCUGACUGGACACAUGCGCAUGGGGGAUAACUGCAUAAAGCAGACCUGGACCUAUCAUAUAAAUCUUGAGAGCAAUGAUUUGGAACUGGAAGGAAGGCCACAGCGCAAGAACCUACUAUGGAGUGGCAAGUGGGCCGAAUGCUCCGAAUGCAUCAUUUUCCAGGAAAUAGAGCCUCCACUAGACAAGGAGAAAGGAACGGAAGACUCCCUGCAUAGACACAUGCUGUAUUCUCGCAGCAGUAAUAGCUCUGACAUGGUGGCAACAUUUCUGAAAAAUGCAGCCUGUCAUAACAUGCAGGCGAACGUCACACCACGUCAAGAGAAAGGUGAGCGGUGUCAAACUAUGAGGCGACCUUGGGAAGGACCCAGAGAUGAGCAGUUCUGCCUCUUGGUUGGCUUGGUUGGUGCCACUGGUGCCUUCCUCAAACGAGCUGGAGAAGCAUAUGAUGGAAAGGGAGAAAAAUCUGCAUCAGACAGGGAUGCAUUGAAAGGUCCCUCCCUGGUCGGAUGCAAAUCAACACGUAUUCCAAAGAAGGACUUCAGCAGCCUGAGGUAG